AUGGGUGACGUGAGUGAGGUUGAUGUUCUUGUCAUUGGAGCUGGUAUCUCGGGGAUCUCUGCAGCCAAAUUUUGGCUAGACACCCAUUUCGAUUCUCGAGUGGUAAUUCUCGACAGAGACAAUUGUAUUGGCGGGACUUGGAACUCGCGACGCGGAUACGAUACCUUUUGGACGCAAUGGACGGUGGGAACAGCUGAAUUCUCCGACCAACCCAUGCCACGACCACCGGAUGAGGAUCUCUAUCUCGAAUUUUUUAAAGCCAAGCAUACGACAAAGUACCUCAACGACUACGUCGAUUCGCAUAGCUACUCUGGACAGACGUUGCGCAAUAGAGUCAGACUCUCAACCGAAGUUCAGUCGGUUCAGAAGAUCGAUGGCGGAUGGACUGUCUUGUCCAAAGAACGAGAGACUUUGGUACAACAUACGUUCCAAACCGCCAAAUUGAUCGUUGCCAGUGGCCUGACGUCGAUUCCUAAUAUGCCUUCGCUACCGGGAAUUGAGGGGUUUCUCGGUCAAGUUAUACACCAGGACGGUUUCGGUUCGUCCGACGUUUUAACCUCGCCAGACGUCAAGAACAUCACCGUUCUAGGUGGUGGAAAGUCAUCAGCCGAUAUGGUGUACGAAUCCGUCAAAGCCGGCAAGGCUGUGUCUUGGGUCCUAGAAGCUACUGAUACGACUGGUCCCGGGUUUUUUCUCUCUCCGAAAGGAGCAGGCCCAUAUAAAAAUGCAUUUGAGAUAGGCAUGACUCGACUAGCUGGAACUUUUACGCCUUCUAUUAUGAAUGGGACAAAUUGGUGGACACGAUUCCUACAUUCUUCCAAGUAUGGCCCGAAACUAAUGGCUGGCUUCUGGGACUCUGUCGACACGAAAGCUCGAACGGAGGCCGAUUACCAACGGAAAAACGUACAAAACUUUGACAAGUUAUCCCCACACUCACCUAUAUUCUGGCAAAACUGUACAGGUGGACUUCUUAAUCACCAAGAUUUCUUUGACACUGUUGCAGAUAAUGUUCGCGUUUAUGUCGGGGAUAUUGAUCGCCUGGAUAAAGAUGUACUUCACCUGAAAGGCGGCGAUCAGGUACCUACCGAUACUCUACUUUGCGGCACUGGCUGGCAUCUUUCACUCCAGUUCUUCUCUGAAGAGCAGUGCAGGCAACUUGGUUUACCGCACCCAGUAGACAACGAGACGCCAGGCGAGGAAAGCAACUGGGCGGCUCUCGAAGCUGACGCGGAUGCCAAAGUUCUCGCCACCUUUCCGCAGCUUGCAAACCCUCCUCCCGUCUUUAUCAAGCCUACCACUGAGACUCCAUACCGGCUAUAUCGACAUGUUGUUCCAUUGUCCGAAUCAGGCGAUGCCAGUAAAGAUCGCUCCAUUGUCUUUAUUGGUCAGGUUGGGGUAGGUAACUACUUCCCUGUCGUGGAGUGCCAAGCACUCUGGACGACGGCCUAUUUGGAUGGCAAACUGGAGUUGCCGAGUGUGGAAGAGCAGAAAAAGGAGGUGGCCCUAUUCACCACGUGGUGUCGGCGACGAUACCUUAGUAACGGACGUCGGGGUAAUGCUAUGACCUUUGAGGUUAUUGGAUAUACGGAUACCUUGUUGAGAGACCUCGGUCUCCACAGUAACCGCAAAGGCUGGUUCAAGGAUAUUUUCUCCUCAGUCUGGGCUAGGGACUUUCGGGGUUUGAAAGCAGAGUUUAUGGAAAAGUAUGGGUACAAUGGGAUUGAGGAAUAG